AAUAUUGAUAACGUUAUGAUUGAAGGGUUUAUUGUAUACAAAGUGAAAGACUAUUAGAGUAUAACUGAAGUGAAGACAUCAUCGGAUCAAUUGAUUAUCACUCGACAUAAUGUCUUACAGAGGAUUCAAAUCUAAAGGCAAUUACUCAAAGAGCAACACGAGCUCUUCAAACGACAAAUCAUAUCAAUUAAGUAAAAGCCGUUUCAUUACUGUCUCUGAGUUCAGAGGUCAGACCAGAGUCGAUAUCCGAGAGUUUUAUUUCGAUGAUAAUGGAGACCGAAAACCGGGAAAGAAAGGAAUUAGUUUGUCGUUGGAAGAGUGGAACAAAUUGACGGCACAGUUGCCAAAGAUUGACAAAGCAAUCAAACACAUCGAUGAUUCAGAUGACGAAUCACAAGAGUCAACAGACAAACGGAAACAAACAUCAAAAAAGAAGACUAAGAAACGCAGCUCAGACUCGGAUAACGAUUCCGAUGAACGACCGAAAUCAUCAAAGACUAAGAAGAAGCAGUUGUCAUCAGAUGAUGAUUCAGAUGCCGGCAAUAAAAAGGCAAAGAAAAUUGAUUCGGACAAUGAUUCCGACAACAAAAAGAAAAAAUCGAAAAAAUAUUCGGACUCUGAUUCGGAUUCUUCGGAAAUCUAAUCACAAAUUAUUUGUCGAUAAUUAUUAAUUAAACACAUUUAGUGUUUUAUAAAUGUUUAUUAAAUGUCAUUUUAUAAAUGUUUCAUUAAUUUUUGUGUAAAUUUGAAAACAUUUUCAUUUACCGGUAGUAUAAUUUUUGUUCAAUAAAUAUCUACUAGUAAUAAAAU